UAAUGGCUUAUGGCCCUUUCUCUGUUUUACUAACCAGACGCCUCUUAAACCCUAAACCCUCUUCUUUUUCACUCUCUCAUCUUCUCACUUUCACAAAUUCAUUUUCAACCUCCCAAGAUCCUAACCCUAAACCUUCUACUCUCUCCGCUCGCCUCAGCUUCGUCUUCGACCAAAUCGACGCCAUCGAAAAAGAGCGUUCCGAAAAGAACCAAGCCCUGCAACGCAUUCGAGCCUGGCGCCAAUCCAAGAACCCUCAAUCCCCUCUAAACGACGCCGUUCCUCCCAGCUCAGAAUCAGCUAAGGAUGACAAGCCUAAUUCCGCGGAUGCAGCUGCCGCUGAGCCGGCGGUGGCGGCGACGAAUCUGGAGGAGGUGAAGAAGGAGGUAGAAUUGGUGCACCCUUGGACCGAAUGGAUCCAAUUGAUGGAGACGUUGGUCCACCAGAACUACUUCGAUCACAGGAGGAAGGACGAGGAUAAAAUGGUCCAAGAUGUAGGGUUCGAUGCCCCGGGCGAUGUUGCUGACGAUUCGGAUAUUGAUUUCACCAAGGAUUUCAAAAGCGUUCAUGACGCUUGCCUCAAUUUUGGGAAAGACCGGUUCGACAUCUUGAGGUCCUUGUCAAGGCAAGAUAUUCAGGUUUUGGUUGGUUUUGGUUGCCCCAAUGUGGACAAGAAGGUGGUUUUCUCUGCAAAACUUCUAAGGAAGCAUGCUCACCUUGACGAAGGAGAUGUCUGUAGUUCCUGCAGUUUGAGAAACAACUGUGAUAGAGCAUAUCUGCUAACAAACAAAGAGGAUGAUGCACGGACUCUUGAUGUCAUGCGGAUCCUUCUGUCUUUCGGUUUUGAUCCUGUAAAUGGACCAGUCACAAAUAAGUCACUUCUUAAGCAGAAGUCUGUCAAAACUGUGGUUCGGAAAUUGCUUCAUGAGGUUGUUAAGUUGAGCUCCGUUCCUAUUGAUCCAAAUCUCCCUCCUCCAGUAAUUAGAAAGCCUCCUCCAAAAGUGAAACAACCUCCUCCUCCUCCAAAGAAACGUGUUGGAAGGGAUGACAUUGAGAUGAAAAAGGGGGAUUGGCUAUGUCCUAAGUGCGAUUUCAUGAAUUUUGCAAAGAAUACUAUAUGCUUACAGUGUGAUGCCAAGCGGCCAAAGAGACAGUUAUUACCAGGAGAAUGGGAAUGUCCUCAGUGCAACUUCUUAAAUUACAGAAGAAACGUGGUAUGUUUUCAUUGUGAGUGCAAACGGCCACAUGAUGAAUUUAUGGAGAGUCAAAUGCAAGAUACCAAGCUCAGUUCCAAGCCAAGGUUCAAUAAGGUCAGCCGGCCAGAGGUUUCCAAUGCUUGGAAUUUUGAUUUUGAUGACAACGAAUCAGAUGGUGCAGAUGUUGCUGCUUUUGAGUAUGCAGAUGCUAAAGCUAUAGAUGAAGAUUUCCCUUCAGAUAAUCUUGCUCGACAAGGAAAUUAUAGAGGGUGGGAAGGUGAUUUUGGAAAAAACAACAGAGUGCAAGGGUCUCAUGAUGAAGAAUAUGCUAAUCCUGGUGCUCUUAAACCCGGAGUAGGGUUUGAUGAUUUUGAGGAUGAAGAUGACGAUGAUAUAGAUAGCUAUGAGCUAGAAUCCAAAACUCAUAGUAGUAGUACAAGAGUGCAACCAUCUAGAAAUCACUUUUCUGAAGUCGAAGGCUCAUCGGAUUUAGAUGAUGUUGAAGACACAUAUGAUAAGAAUCAUGCACGUAACAGAACAGGUUCCAAAAGAAAUAUGAGAUCAAGAGAUCCAUUCUCUGGUUCUGAGGAUGAUGAACUUGAUUUGGAUACAGAACAACGGGCCAUUCAUUCCAAUUUUAAAUCUAGCCAUGCUUAUAGUGCCAACCAGAAAAGAAAGGGCAGAGGUCCAACUAAGAAAUUAAGCUUUGGUUCUGAUUCUGAUGAAGAUGAUGUUGGUGCUGGUGGUUUAUUCUCUGAUGACGAUGAUGACUUAGAUGAUGUGUAUUCCUCAAGAAAAAAUAAAGGGAAUAAACAUGAUUCAUCCAGACCAAAUAAAGGAACUAGGCCUGAUUCUGGGAAAAGGAGCUUUACUGAAUACAGGAAGUCUGGAUCUACUGGCGGUCGCAGUCAAAAUAAGUUCCGGGAUGAUUAUGGUGGGUCGUCCCAACAUUCUUAUAGGAAUGGUAGAGGCUCACAGGGAAAUGACCGUAGUUGGAAAAAAUUUGAAGAUUUUGAUAAAUCUACUUCCUACGGAAAUGGUAGAGGGAAGUCGUUUGGUAAUGGUAGAGGGUCUCGAGGUAGUGACCGAAAUUCACGGAGGUUUGAAGACAGGGGGCGUAGCGCAGGACAGUUCAAUAAAUAUGGUAUGGAUGAGAAGGAUUUUGGCGAAUUUAAAAAUAGUAGGCGUGUGAUUGAAAGAUAGCACCGGUAGCUUCAGGAACAAAAUUUUUGGACUGGGUUUAUUGUUGCACAUAACUGCUGCCGACCACAAGGGUUAAUCUUUGUAAAAGCAUGAAUAAAUUCAUGAGAUCAUUUCAUGUUAAAAUUUCAUGGAAACUAUCGGAAACCACAACCUUGGGAAAACAACUCCAUUCAACGUAUCUUGACCUACUCAUUGAACAUUGUUUAGUUUGUGAGUUGCCUAUAGAAGUGUUUCAAUGGCAGCCAAAUUAUCUCUGCGUGACUCUGAAUUGCUGUUUGUCAGCCAAGUUAAUCUGCUAUGCACCUCAAUUCCACCGCACCCUUGUUACGGCAGCCUGAAAUUUUCUUUCAUGUCGUGCUACAGCUACUUCCAUACAUCUUUGGGAGCUUUGUAUUUUGGCCGGGACAUCCUUGGAAGUUUCAAAUGUUAUACCCUUCAUGUAAUAAAAUCAUGUUACUUCA